GUCACAAGCGUGGAGGCGAGCGACUUCCGCUGCCGACGAGCAUCUUAGCUAGCAUCUCGUCUCUGUCGUCGUUUCUCUCCUUUGUGUUUGGUAAUCGAUCACAAACGCGAUAAUCAUCGGCAGCAACCCAAAUCGUUUUUCUUCCGCCGACCGCAAGCUGCUCGCCUCGGCGCGAAAAUGGCGGUCGACCGCCGCGAAGACAGAGACGGCGAGCUCAACGUUCUGGAAGACAUUUUGACAGAAGCCCCGGAUCAGGACGACGAGCUGUACAAUCCUCAAACGGAGCGACACGUCGCAGACAAGAAAGGAACAAAACGGAAGAGCGUUCAUUCGGAGUGCCACGACCGGAAGCGUCUCCGGGGCUCCUCCGGCCACGCCCCCUCCGGGUCGUCUUCGGCCAAUAAGAGAGGCUCGGGCGCGCCCCUCUCGUCGUCCUCCCACAAGAGGUCGGCGAGCAGCCCUCACAGACGCCACGCGGGCGGCUACCGCGGCGCCGGCGACUACGACGAGCGGAAGAGCCGGCGAGGAACGAGAGACGGCGGCCGGAGCCGCGGAGGCGAACGAGCCAGACGCAGACGCUCUCCCAGAGGCGGGGACGCCGCCAAGCAGCAGAAGCGGCACAGCAGCCCCUCCCACCAUCGGGACGACAACCAAUCAGAGGAGGACGCGGUGCCAGAGUACGUGUCGGAGCAACGGUCCGGAAGCUCCUCCCCCGCCGCCGCCGCCGCCGCCGCUUCUCACGGAGAGGAAGAGGAACAAGAGGAGGAGGAUGAAGUAGGAGAAGAGGAAGAGGGGGAGGAGGAGGAGGAGGAGGAGGAGGAAGAUGAGGAGGAGGAGGAGGAAGAAGAGGAGGAAGGCGAGAAGGAGGACGAAGGUGAGGAGGAAGAGGAGUACGAGCGCCGCGGCGAGGGCAACGACUACGACACGCGCAGCGAGGCGGGCGAUUCGCGCUCCGCCUCCUCCGUCAGUUUCUCCGACGACGGCGAGUCGGCGCGCUCGGCCUCGGCCUCCGACGCCUCAGGUUCCGAGAAGAAGCGGGAGAAGCUCUCGUCGUCGGUGCGGGCCGUCAAUCCCACCAGCAACCUUCGCUACAUCCUGCGCGAGUCGCGCUACUUCGUCAUCAAGAGCAACAACCACGAGAACGUCUCGCUGGCCAAAGCUAAAGGCGUGUGGUCCACGCUGCCCGUCAACGAGAAGAAGCUGAACGCGGCCUUCCGCUCGGCUCGCAGCGUCAUCCUGGUCUUCUCCGUCCGGGAGAGCGGAAAAUUCCAAGGUUUUGCCCGCUUGGCUUCCGAGUCUCUUCACGGCGGCUCCCCCAUCCACUGGGUGCUUCCCGCCGGCAUGAACACCAAGAUGUUGGGCGGAGUUUUUAAGAUCGACUGGCUGUGCAGGCGGGAGCUUCCCUUCACCAAGACGGCUCACCUUUCCAACCCCUGGAACGAGCACAAGCCCGUCAAGAUCGGACGGGACGGACAAGAAAUCCAACCGGACGUGGGCGCUCAGCUGUGCGCGCUGUUCCCGUUGGACGAGAGCGUGGACAUCCACCAGGUGGCGCGCCGCGUUCGACACAAGCGUGAGACCCCUUCGGAAACGCGACCCCGCGGCCGCCCGCCGCUGCGCGAACCGGGAAGGCGUCGUCUCGAAGAGUACGACCUCCACGGCAGGAAGCGACCUCGAGCCGAGUGUCCAGACUUCAACCAGCGACCAGGUUGUGAAAUGAGAGUCCAAGAGAAGAAGCCUCAAAUGUUGUCUUGUGGUUUUUCCAGCGACCGCUUCAUCCCGGACCUGCGCAACCAGCCGGUGGACAGGCGUUUCUCCAACGUGAGACGGGAUGUUUUCCUCAACGGGUCUUACACCGACUACAUGAGAGACUACCAUCACAACGUGGGGCCGCCGCCUCCUUGGCAGACUUUGGCGACGUACCCCGGCGUGGAGCCGCCCGCCCCCCACCACCCUCCCUACUACCAUCACAACCACCCCCCGCCGCCCCCUCACCAGGCGUACCACCAUCACCACCACCCCGUGCCGCCGCACGAGGCCCCGCCCCCUCGCUUCAGGGACAAACAGCGAGCGGUGCCGCCGCAUCGCGCCUUCGCGUCCAGUCCGCACGACUACGACAUGCGCGUGGACGACUUCCUGCGGCGGACGCAGGCGGUCGUGAGCAGUCGGCGAGAACGCGAGCGGCAGCGCGAGCGUGAGCGGGUGGCGCCGAGACGAGAGCGAGAGCGCCCCCGGGACCGAGACCGGGACAAAGAGAGGGGCCGCUACCGCAGAUGAGUCGGCGCGUCGGUUCCUGCGCGCUCCCGUCUCGCUUUGCCUUUUACUGUGGAACAGAACGUGAUUCCCCCCCCCCAUUUUAUUUUGAGCAUCCGAUGAGGAGACACGACGUCGCGGAAGGGAAAGAAAAAGAGGCGCGUUCAUGCCCCGCAAUCUUGUGUGCGGCGCUCCACAGGAACAUGUAUAUGUCAGUAUUUCAGGCCAACAGGAAAGUAGAUUAGCCUGUGCUUCUUUUAUUGUGAAAUGUCGCUUGAAAAAACACGUUUUGUUUGGACUCCGCUCA